CCUCCUCCUCCUGCCCCAGAGCGCCUCCGGGGCUCAGCGGCUGGCCGCAGGGUCCCAACUGUGGCCGGCCGAGCAAUGAGAGCCGCCGGCCAGAGUGCGCGCCCGGCGCUGGCGCUGCUGCUGCUGCUGCUGGCCGGAGCCGGGGUGUCGGCCGGCGCCGCGCCCCCUGCCCCGCCGCUCUUCAACGUGAGCCUGGACGCGGCCCCCCAGCUGCGCUGGCUGCCGGUGCUGCAGCAUUACGACCGGGACUUCUUGCGCUCCGCCAUGGCCCACAUCAUCGGAGAUUAUGUCCCCCAGUGGGCCCUCGCAUUGAUCAGAAAAGUUGUCCGGGAGCUGGAACUCUUCCUGCCGCAGCCCUUCACCGACGAGAUACGCGGCAUGUGCGACGCCCUGGACUUCAACCUGGUCGACUGCAUUCUUCUCAACCUGGCCUACGAGUUCAGCGCAUUCUGCACCAGUAUUGUGGCUCAGGACUCCAAAGGCCACAUUUACCAUGGCCGGAAUCUGGAUUAUCCGUUUGGAAGUCUUUUACGCAACUUGACUGUGGAUGUACAGUUCAUAAAGAGUGGGCAGAUUGCCUACACAGGAACCACCUUUGUUGGCUAUGUAGGAUUAUGGACGGGUCAGAGUCCACACAAGUUUACAGUUUCUGGUGACGAACGAGAUAAAGGCUGGUGGUGGGAGAAUAUGAUCGCGGCCCUUUUUCAGAGACACUCACCGGUCAGCUGGCUUAUCCGCACUACUCUGAGUGAAUCAGAAAACUUUGAAGCAGCUAUUUACAAACUGGCCAAGACUCCACUUAUUGCGGAUGUUUAUUACAUUGUUGGCGGCACAUCCCCCAAGGAGGGAGUGGUCAUCACGAGGAACAGAGGUGGCCCCGCAGACAUAUGGUCUCUAGAUCCUUUAAACGGAGCAUGGUUCCGAGUUGAGACAAAUUAUGACCACUGGAAGCCAGUGCCUAAAGGAGAUGACCGAAGAACACCCGCCAUCAAAGCCCUCAAUGCCACAGGCCAGGCAAACCUCAGCCUGGAGACGCUCUUCCAGGUCUUAUCAGUGUUUCCAGUUUAUAACAACUACACAAUCUAUACUACUGUAAUGAGUGCUGCCAGCCCAGACAAGUACACAACUAGGAUCAGGAACCCGUGUUAAAAGCAGAAGAGAGAGUUCAUCUGUUCUAUGAAGAUGAUUUUUUUAAAUGAAAUUUUUGAAGAGCUGCACUUUAAAAAAUAAAGUGAAAAGAUUAUAUUUUAUGACCAA